CACGUUUAGUCGCCUCCUUAUGUCAUUCGCUACCUCUCGACUUAAUUUACUUUAGUUUCCAUAGCAACGAGGAGCAAACGGAAGAAGCACCUGUGUUGGGCGACAUGGCUGAAGUCGAAGAUACUUUGAAGAGAAUUCAGGGCAUUAAUGGUGUUAUUGGCACAAUCGUCGUUAACGCAGAAGGUAUUCCCAUCAAAACCACUCUAGACAACUCUACAACAGUGCAGUACGCCGGACUGCUGCAUCAGCUGACCAUGAAAGCCCGGAGUACAGUCAGAGACAUCGACCCCCAGAACGACCUGACGUUUCUGCGCAUCAGGUCCAAGAAACACGAGAUCAUGGUGUCGACAGAUAAAGAGUACCUGUUGAUCGUCAUCCAGAACCCAACUGAGUAGUGUCCCAAUGCUGUGUUUCACAUAGACAGACUAACUAAACCAUAUUCUAGAACAUGUGUUCAUCUGUUCGUAUUUAUGAUUUAUGAUCUGCCUUUUGAAAUACAUCAAAAAGUUUGAUUGUUCAGUGUGUUUGAUUGCAUGUCAUCAAUAAGUCAUCAAUAAAUAAGUGAAUUGUUUCUUUAUUGUGAAGUAUGAGUCUUUAAGGUCUUUUAAAUGCUUUUCUAGUAUAUUUAAGUGUAAUUCCUAUAAUCUCCACCAGAUGGCAGGAGAUCUAGCAGAUGCUUUGUAUUGCUGCUCAUUUGCUUCUGUGAAAAAUUGCUGGUUUAAUGGGUUGUGACAGCGGCAGUCUGGUGUAUUGUGCUCUUACUGUAGUAUUAUAACACAGUUAGGUGUGUAUGAACGUCUUCUUCACACUAACAACGCCAAAAACGUAAAGCACAUUUAAUAGAAAUAUAUGCGG